AACGAUCCUUACCAUUCAUUAAAUUUUGAUGAAUACACCUAAGACAAAGAACGAGUAGAAGAGAAGUGUGUAGUCAUGCCUGCUAAACAAAGAAAGAUAGCUGUAAUGGGGUUCAUGGCAGUAGGGAAGUCAUCAUUGGUGAUUCAAUUUGUGGAGAAUCAAUUUGUGGACUCAUAUGAACCUACCAUAGAGAACACAUUUGAGAAGGUGGUGCACUAUCGUGGACAGGAAUACCUCACUCAGCUGGUGGACACGGCUGGACAGGAUGAAUACUUCCUCAUGCCCCAAACUUACACUGUUGGUAUCCAUGGAUACAUACUGGUGUACUCUGUGACAUCCAUGAAGAGUUACGAGGUGUUGAAGGUGAUAUACGAUAAAUUGCUGGAUCAGAUGGGAACCAACAAGGCGCCCAUUGUGCUCGUGGGUAAUAAGAAGGACCUUCACAUGCAAAGGGUUAUAUCGUACGAUAUGGGCAAGAAGCUAGCCAAUGAAUGGAACAGUGCAUUUGUGGAGUCCUCUGCCAAGCAAAAUGAGGAGGUGGACACUAUCUUUCAGCGAGUGCUUCAAGAAAUAGAGAAACAAUACGGCACACAAGAUGAGACUGGAUGUCGUUUGUUGUAAGUACAGACUAUUGAUGUAGAACACAUUUUCUGUUUUCAGUGCACAAGACUAUGAUACUGACAUAAUUAUAUCUACCUUGGACUCUAUGUACAUGUAUAAUUAAAAAAACAUUAUUGUUUCAUGUUG